UUCAUUUGUGAGACCUUUAGGACUUCUGUAGGAAUGUCCUUGUACCCAAAAUGCAGUACGGAUUCCACUAAAUCGAAAAUAAAUCCAUUUAAACAUACUGUGGACAUGGGAAUGAAAUUCAGGCCUUAAAGGUAACAGCAAGGGUAUAUCAGUGUGCAUGCACAGUGUUAUACGAGGUACAUCUGGAAUGCCGCAACAGAUGCAGGGUGUAAAUCUGGAGAACAUGGGGUGGUGUACAUCCAUGGUAUUACAGGGGGUGCACUGGUGUACAUCAGGAGUGCUGCAGUGGCUGCGCUAGUGUACACUGGAGCGCUGCAGUGGGGUGUACCAGUGUAAAUCCAGAGUGCUGCGGGAUUGCAUUGCCGUUUCUGCACUGUUGUGAUUGUUUACUGUGGGGAUUGCACUGUGAUUAAUCUUUCUGCGGGAGUUGCGUGUCCUGGGCGCUGCAUGGUGUGGCGUGCAGCUUCCAGACAUUCUCCUGCGAGUCCUCGGAGCAGCCAGCGGUCGGCCAGCUCGCCGCCGCCUGUGUGAGUGCAGAAAGUGGAGCAGCGGCUGGGUGUCCGCUCCGGUUCGGUCGGCACAAAGUCUGGUUUAGCGGUGUCAAGACUGCCGGGCGUGGAUGUGGUUGAUGCUGCUGUGCUGCACCUGGAGGGACGAUCGGAUGGGAGAGGAGGAGGGGGGAUGUUUGCCUUGCUGUGCGGGAUGUGGCCGGUCCAUCUAUGAUGGUCAGUACCUUCAGGCUCUUAAUACAGACUGGCACAACGCCUGCUUCAGGUGUUGUGAGUGUAACAUUUCACUCACUCAUUGGUACUAUGAGAAGGAAGGCCGGCUCUACUGCAAGAAGGACUACUGGGCUCGGUUUGGGGAGCUGUGCCAUGGCUGCUGUGAGCGGAUCACUAAAGGGCUGAUCAUGGUCGCUGGGGAACACAAGUAUCACCCAGAAUGCUUUACAUGUCUGAAGUGUGGUGCAUUUAUUGGAGAUGGCGACACCUAUGCAUUGGUAGAGCGCUCUAAACUCUACUGUGGUUGCUGCUACUACCAUACGAUAGUCACACCCGUCAUUGAUCAGAUCCUUCCAGACUCGCCGUGUGCUCGCAUUCCACACACUGUUACGUUGGUUUCAAUCCCAGCCUCAACAGAGGGGAAGCGAGGCUUCUCUGUGUCCAUUGAUCAGCCCUGCAGUCCCAGGAGUUGCUCUUCAGAGCACGCACACACCGUACGGGUCAAAGAGGUUGAUACGGACUGCAUCAGUCCAGAUGUGAAAAACUCCAUUCACGUUGGUGAUAGGAUUCUGGAAAUCAAUGGAACACCAAUCAGGAAUGUGCCUCUAGAUGAGAUUGAUCUUCUGAUCCAGGAGACCAGCCGUUUGCUUAAGUUAACCAUAGAACAUGACCCACAUGACCCAAUGCUGGAGAAUCAAGUGGACGCGAUCAGUCCGAUGUCGGACAUCUACAGCCCACAGAGACAAAGUGCCCCAAAUGGAGAUGAUAGCACAGUCAAAAAACGUCCCAUCAUGAGGAGCUGUAGUAUUGAUAAAUCUCCCAGCACUGGAUCACCUGUCUCUCAAAAGAAAGACUUGGGCCGCUCCGAGUCCCUGCGAAUCGGCACCAUGACACAUCGGAUCUUCCGUCCCUCUGACCUGAUCCAUGGCGAAGUGCUGGGAAAGGGCUACUUCGGCCGGGCCAUUAAGGUGACACAUAGAGAGACUGGAGAGGUCAUGGCAAUGAAGGAACUGAUCCGAUUUGAUGAGGAAACUCAGAGGACCUUUCUGAAAGAGGUUAAGGUGAUGCGCUGUCUCGACCACCCGAAUGUUCUCAGGUUCAUUGGUGUCCUUUAUAAAGACAAGAGGCUGAACUUCAUUACAGAGUACAUCAAAGGUGGAACACUGAGAAGCAUUAUCAAAGAUUUAGACACUCCAUUGCCAUGGGAUCACCGAGUGAGCUUUGCCAGGGACAUUGCUGAGGGAAUGUCCUAUCUGCAUUCCAUGAACAUUAUCCACCGAGAUUUGAACUCUCAUAACUGUCUUGUGCGAGAGAAUAAAACUUUAGUAGUGGCAGAUUUUGGAUUAUCUCGACUGAUGGUUGAUGAUAAGAAGCAGGAAAGCCAAUCCACCAUGAGGAAACAGGACAGGAAGAAGCGCUACACUGUGGUGGGAAACCCUUACUGGAUGGCUCCAGAGAUGAUCAAUGGGAAAAGCUAUGAUGAGAAAGUUGAUAUCUUUUCAUUUGGGAUUGUGCUAUGCGAGCUGAUUGGUAGAGUGAAUGCAGACCCAGAUUACCUGCCCAGGACAACAGACUUUGGUCUGAAUGUCCCGGUUUUCUUGGAUCGAUACUGUCCUAAGGAAUGUCCAGCGGCCUUCUUCCCGCUGGCAGUCAUGUGCUGUGACCUGGAUCCUGAGAAAAGGCCAUCCUUUAUGAAGUUGGGGCAGUGGCUUUUAGCCCUGAAGCUGCAUGUGGAGAUGCACCUCCCGCUCACCUCUGACCUGGAACAGAUCGAUCAAUCCUUCUUCCAGAAUCAUUCGAGGAGCAAGGAGAAGCUUCUGCAACCCAUGUGAGAGGGCUGUACUGAGCAGGAAGCUGAAUCAUCACAGUGUAAUCCACCAGCAUGCUGAUGUUCAGCUGACCAACUUCACUUAACCACACAUUUCACCUGCAUGCAGGGUACAACCAACCCUGCUGGUGCACAGCUGCUGUUUAAUAAUCCUGCAGGGUGACCCUUCAGCUUUUAACAUUUCACGGGACAGCAAAACUCAACCAUCCACAUUCAGCUGGACGUAGAAAGUGUACAGUAAAUAAGACCGGUGUAAUUGGCUGUUUCCACAGGAGCAUUCCUGGAGCUUUGGUGUGCAAGCCAGAUAUUCAACUCUUUGAAUGCAUUCUGCAGUUAGUGUUGGUAUAGAGUUGCUGCUCAAAUGCUGAAUAUAGAAAGAUGUGCUUUGGAGUAUGAGUAAAAAGCAUUUUAGCACUAGUACUCAACUCCUAGCAAGCAUGGAUUUGCAGUAGAAAAGUGCCCCAAACUUGGCAGUCUUGUUAAUAAGAGGGGCCACAGGAUGGUUGGCAUGAGAACUGUAAAGUUGCCAUGCUGUAUGUUACUGUUUGGAUUGGGCAGUGUAAGAUGUUAUCCUGCACAUGGUGUGCCUGAACUGGGAGCAUAGUGUGAAAGCAUUCCAUUCCAAGCACUACCAUCCCUCAUCUUGACAAACUUAGAAACCAGCAUUAGGCAUCCCAUAGAGUGACAAUUUGGAAGCAAUUAAUGGGGAACCACAGCAAUUAUGUACUAUGAUUUAGAAAAGUUGUUUAAUUGAAUGGUUUGAAGAUUAUAGUGAAAAAUUGUAACUUGCCACACAACAUUUGGUGAAGAGCUGCUACUUAAGAUUCAAGGUCUUUAAUGAAUCAAGUGGUCAGUUACUUAAAGGAGUUGUCUGAAUGGAAGUUCCAAAACAAUAACCACCUCAAAUUUGGGAGCUCUGAGGUUUAUUAUCUGUGAGUCACUUGCAUUGUGCCUGCAAACUUGAUUGAGAUUGAGCCCCUCCAGACCUAACCCUUCUAGUUUCUUCAACCUUCUUUACUUCCCCUGUUUCUACACAGUCUCAUCAAUCUGUCUUUGACCUCCUGUUCUCAUUGACGUAACCCACUGUUUUAAAAUCCACAGCCCCUUAUUUUUCAGUCUAUUUUAUACAUUCCUAUUUGAAACUGGAUUUAUUUACAUUUUUGUUUACAUUUUGGUUUUUGGAUGCCUGUAGGUCUCAUUCUUCUGCUUCUCAGCAUGCAUGUUUCACCAUUUUAUUGGUAUUAAUCUUACUCCUAUUAUUAAUCCAUUCUGCUUCGAAUCUGUUUCAGCUCUAUGAUGAGCAACAGCCAUUUUUAUUAUCCAACCACACAUUACAGGAUGUCCAACAUUUCUGGGGGAAAUGAAGUCUAGCAAGGUUCAAACCUGGAUUCUGGUGUGGAGAGCCUCUGGCAGAGCAAUAGAAGUCCUCAAACGUUUUCUAUUGUUAAUGGUCCUGAUUCUAGAAACCGUGGCUGCCAGGCAUCACCUUUCACACUUGCACGCAUGCAUUCUGAUUAAAAUUCCCAAAAGCUGUUUUUUUUGUGUUUUGUUCUUCGGCCUGAAUGUUUCUGGUUCUGUAAUUUUCAUAAUUCUUGCUCUUUAAACAUCUAUUCAGGAUUGUGCAUUAAUUCUCCUUUUCUACCUCAGAUUAACAUCUACAUUGUGCUUGGUCUGAUUUUUGUUUCUUAAACUUUCAAGUUCUCUACCCCCUCCCCAUGUUCAUACUGUUUACUAAUCACAGUACUUGUUUUGAACUGGUGGACAAAGACAAGUUAAGAUCAAGUACUUGUCAUAAACAAGAAGCUGCAUUUUAAGAACUGGGUGUUGCAUCGCUCACCUCAAACCUUGGCUGUAACCCACCUGGAGUGAAAAAGUUAAAUCUCUCUGACCAAGUACAUUUGCCAACACAGUCCUGCAGUACACAACUGCUGCAAUUGAAAAUUCUUGCCCUCAGUGGCUGGAGAUUGAGAUUGGGUCAAAUCACAAAGUGAAAAACUAUUUGGGGAGCUUUACACUAACCCAUGUUGUAUUAGACCUGAUAAUUGGUAGCUUUAAAAGGAAAGUUGCUUUCCAAACAUUAAUCUGUGAUUACUGUACAUUCCCAGUUAUCUGAGAUGCAGUCCAAUGAAGCUUUGACUUUGAUUCUUCAGGUGAAAUAGUUAACAGGAACAAAUCCUUGAAGCAUUGCUUAUCAAUAACCAAAAUCGGGAGACUCUUCCAGGACACCCAAGAAAAAAAAAUACACACGGCUCUUUGCACCUCAUAACUCUUAAAUAUUGGACCAUAAUUUGAUUGUGAGAAUAUUAAUUAUAAAAUGUUCAUAUCCUGUCUCUGCAACCAAACAGUAGUGAACACGAAUAAGACUUCCAGUAAAACCUACAUAUAGGGAUGUUUUACAAACACAAGGCAGAUAAAUCCAUAGAUGUCUCUUCGUGCUAAGCUGCUGACAGGUGUGAACUUUAUUAGUUAAUGCGAUAAGAUUGUGGGCAUGAAGUCUAUGUAGAAUUACUGAUGAGAUGGUCUCCAUUCCAGGGAGAGAAAAUGUGCAUCUCUGCCAACCACUUCUUUGCUGAUAAACCAGUCUGACCAACCAGUUUAUUGAUGGUCUGUCAGCUGAGAAUUGGAAAAUUAGGAUUGGGGAUUCCAACAAAUUGUUCUUAGUCAAAAAAAAUUGUUUCAAAGUUACCAAGGAUUUAUGACGUGGUGACACUAUGUUAAUCCUGCAGGAACAUCAUUAUAUACAUAAAGGAUUUUGCAUUAAAUGCUAUCCACUGUUUUAAAAACUUUAACACCUUUAAAUAUUCCACUUUCAAAUUAUCCAAAAAUAGUACUGAUUAUGGAGCAGCUCUGUCUUAGACAGGAUGUUACAUAUGGUACAGUAGAUUACCAGUAUAUCGCAGAGCCCAGAUUGGAGUCCUGGUCCUGUGCUGAAUCGGCACCAGGACAUUAUAAUUGGCUUCUGUGUUCCUUUAGGAAUGGUGAGUGACUUGAUUAAUCUUUUGUAUUCCUAAUGUGUCCAUCUGGUAGUCCAUGCUUCAAAUUGCUUUAUGUGUGGACUGUGGUUGGUUGGAACAGGAUUAAACUCUUGAUUGCAUUGCCACCCAUGGUUAAUUAGUCCCUUGACAUUCAUUGUCUCAAUUCCUCCAUAAAGAACACAGCUUGGGCUGUUGGCAGAUGUUGAUCCACCCCCCAGCAUUUUGGUGCCUUCAGUGGUCAAGGGAGAAACCUCUAUGAAAAUGCAGCAAUGUUAUUUGCCAUAAUGAUGCUGUCAAUUUUGUACUGAAACUUUACACUAUUGUAGAGGGCCAUGCCCAGACAAAAGGAAUAUGUUAUUUGUAGAGUAAAAAGAUAAAUGAUAUUCAUUUUAAGUGUGUCAGUCUUAACCAGGUGAAACCCUUAAUCUUGCCAUCAGAAUGUUUGAGACCAGGUGAACACCACUGUAAAACCUGCAAUGUAAGCCUCAUCACACUAAGUUGUUCUGUGCCUUGUUUAGCCAGAGCUGCCAAGGACCAGUGAUUGGCUUGUUGUUCAUGAACUUAAAACCUGCAUUUCCUAAAAUAUGUUAAUUUAUUGUUUCUGUGAAUUCAGUUUUUGUUCAUUUGUUUACUUCUCAUGUUUAUGUUGUGAAAUUCAAGCUGUGAACAUGGUGCACUUUAAACACAGGAGGCUGACUUUGACAGCAAGUCUGUAACGUAUUAUAACGGGGAAAUGGAAUAAAACCAGCUUCAUCUCGA